GGAGGGAAAGAUCGCAAGGAGAGUGCGCCGAACACCUGCCAUCGCUCCAAGUCUAGACUUUUACCGCAGAGUGAAGUCUUCGCGGUGCGUCGGUAUAGUCUACCCUCUCCGUAUGUUUCUUUUAUUUGCCAGAAGUUCAACGCUGAUUUGAUUAUUGGACUCGAAUCAUUUAACUUCAAGAGAAGAGGACAGAGAGAUUGGAAAGCCGCAGCGCUGCGCGUUAUUCUGUAAAAGGUGUCGACGUACACAGGCUACAUAAAGAUACAUUCUUGUCCUUUUGGUGCAUUUUGGUGAAUUUGAUUUGCGUCGAAAUAUUUAAUACACAAGGGAUUUCAGUUGUUUUCAAACUGCGUUAACUCUCCAACACUUUGCGCGGAGCAAAGGAAUGUGGCGAUAACAUCUUAUCCUACCUGCACCCGCCUAAAUAAGUGCCAACGGGUUUCGUUUUGUCAACAGGAGUAAGAAAGCCAGAAAAAAUAAGGUCUGUGUUGGUUAUCUGAGUGGAUCUGAGGCAUGGCUGCCCGUCCGCCACUCCCUGUCACCGUGACGACGAUGCUGCUGCUGCUGCUGGCUCCGUGUGUGUGCGCACUCUCCAGCGGUCACCGCGCUGCCCCCCAGAGUGCGCUUAUCUUUCAAAGAGCUGCUGGACACACGGGCGGCUCGUCCCUUCAGCUUCUCCUUCAACACCAGUGACUACCGGAUCCUGCAUGUGGACCCAGACCAGGGACGUCUCUAUAUGGGCACCCGUGAGUUCCUGGUGUCGCUGGACAUGCAGAACGUCAACAAGGAGCCACUCAUUAUUCACUGGCCCUCCUCCCCCCAGAGGAAAGCAGAAUGCCAACUCACAGGAAAGGGAAGGCAGGGCGAAUGUGCCAACUUUGUGCGCUUGAUUGAGCCAUGGAACCGCACUCACCUGUACACAUGUGGAACAGGAGCCUACAGACCCACCUGCACUUACAUCCAUAGAGGCUGGAGGGCAGAGGACUACCUGUUCCGACUGGUUCCGGGUCAUGUGGACUCAGGGAAGGGGAGAUGCUCCUACGACCCCAACCAUCAAGGUGUCUCUGCCCUCAUCAAUGGUAACCUGUAUGCAGGAGUACAUGUGGACUUCAUGGGAACAGACCCAGCCAUCUUUAGAACCAUGGGGAGUAGACCAGCGAUCCGAACAGAACAAUACGAUUCCAGAUGGCUGAAUGAACCUGUUUUCACUCAGAUCCACAUGAUUCCAGACAGUGCAGAGCGGAAUGAUGAUAAGCUUUACUUUUUCUUCCGAGAGAAGACUUUGGAUUCUGGGGGUGGGGCCAGCCCAAGUGUCUUGGCCCGGGUCGGACGAAUCUGUCUGAAUGACGAGGGUGGGCAGAAGUCUCUGGUGAACAAGUGGACCACUUUCCUAAAGGCUCGGCUGGUGUGCUCAGUCGUAGGGGAGGAUGAGGUGGAGACCUACUUCGAUGAGCUGAGGGAUGUUUUUAUCCAGCCCACUCAGGACGAGCGAAACCCAGUGGUGUAUGCCGUCUUCUCCACCGCAGGCUCUGUGUUCAAAGGCUCAGCUGUCUGUGUCUACUCCAUGUCUGAUAUCCGAAACGUCUUUAAUGGACCCUUCGCCCACAAGCACGGCCACAACUACCAGUGGACAGCCUACACGGGCAAGAUCCCUUACCCCCGGCCUGGCACAUGUCCUGGGGGAACCUUUACUCCUGGCCUGCGCUCUACUAAGGAGUUCUCAGACGAGGCAGUGAACUUCAUCCGCAGCCACCCCCUCAUGUACCACCCAGUGUACCCCAUCCACAAGCGCCCCCUGGUGGUCAGAACCGGAGUGGACUACCGCUUCACCACCAUCGCUGUGGACCAGGUGGACGCAGUGGAUGGCAGAUAUGAGGUGCUGUUCCUGGGAACAGACCAAGGGACAGUGCAGAAAGUCAUCGUGCUGCCUAAAGAUCCCAGCACCAUGGAAGAGCUCACUCUGGAGGAAGUGGAAGUCUUCAGGACACCUGCUCCGGUCAAAACCAUGAAGAUCUCAGCCAAAAGGCAACAGUUGUACGUGUCAUCGGACGCUGGCCUUACCCAGGUUUCUUUGCACCGCUGUGGGGUUUAUGGGAAGGCGUGCUCGGACUGCUGUCUGGCACGCGACCCCUACUGCGCCUGGGACGGCGAGAACUGCACCCCCUUCACGCAGGCCACCAAAAGAAGGAGUAGAAGACAGGACAUCAGGCAUGGUGAUCCUCUGCGUCAGUGCCGAGGAUUCAACGCUAAAGUGGAGAAACGUCUGAAGGAGAUUGUGCAGUUUGGAGUGGAGGGAAGCAGCACCUUCCUGGAGUGCCAGCCCCGCUCCCCUCAGGCCUCCAUCAAAUGGCUCUUUCAGACCGACGGCAAGAGGAAAGCGUUGAGCCGAGACCGUGAGGUGCUGAAGACUCCGCACGGCAUUCUGCUGAAGUCUCUGUCGCAGGCCGACGCCGGGCUCUACCACUGCCUGGCCACCGAGAACAACUUCAAGCACACCAUCGCCCGCGUCUCCCUGCGCAUCCUCGACCGGCAGAUCGCCGUGGCACUCACCUCACCCGACGACGAUGAGGAGGGCAACGUCAACGACGAGCACAAGGUGCGACAACAACACGGGCACCAGGACAGAGACAGGGACCCUUCUUCCCAGGGGCAGCCUGCCGCAGCCCAGCCAUGGCUCAGCGACCUCCUGCCCUCACAGCCGGAGGUCAGGCUCAUCCACCAGUACUGCCAGUCUUACUGGGAGCAGCUGGGAGCCCAGCAGCAGAAGAAUAAGCUGAAGAGCCGCAGACACACAGAGAACCAGGCGUCCAGUGGAGGAUGAGGAGGAAGAGGAAGGAAGGAGGAGGAGGAGGAGGAGGAGGAGGGAGAGGGCUGUCUCAUCACUCGCUCACUUUUUUACACCCCGUCUGUUCAGUUGUUCGUUCUCGAGUCCCAUCUAAGGCUGCUGGGUUGUGGAGUCGAAAAUCUCCCUUUCAUCCCGCUGAACAUUCUCUCCAUUCGUCUGUCCACCAGUCAUCCUUUUCUCCCUCCCUCUUCUCUGGACUGUGUAUGAAUGACUGUUGGUCUUGCCUAUCUGCUAAGGAGACUGUUGCUUAGGUGACUGUUGCUGAGGUGAACUGGAUAAACUGUGUCACAAGUGUCCCACACAGACAGACAGCGUUUGAAGGUGUUGGACAGUCAUGCCACAUCAGUGUGGGAAACUGCUCUGCCAAUGCUGUGGAGAGUCAUUGGUAAGAUUUUACACUGAGGUUUCACUAGUUAACAUUGUUUAAUACCAUAGAUAACAUAUCCAAGUCCACAUGAACUGUUGAAUCUACAGUAUAUGCAAUAUUAAAUGCUACAUGAGUUGUCAUUAAGAAACCAUUAAUGUCAGCAUUAACAGACAAUAGGUAAUAUCGGUUACAGUGGUUAAUGUAAACUGCUACAUGUACUUAGUCUUAAUUAAAGAAACCUCACUGUAAAACUGCAAUUGGCUGAAGAAAACAGAUUGUGGAAAUCCUACCUGCUUCAAUAGACUCACCAAUGCUCACAAAUAUGUUCUGUCGUUGGAGUUAUAUGGGUGGCGGAGCUUCUCAGUGUUUGCAAAUUAUUCUACAGUAUUCAAUCCCGAUAAGAGAAAGUCACAAACUUUCACCCAGUGUGGCAGAGCAGACAGAGAGCGAGAUGCAACAGACAUGUAGUGCUCAUGCUCGGGGUUGCCAGACAGGUUUGAGGUUCACACUGAUGGAAAAACUAGAAUUUUAUUUCUCUCUACCAGUGGGUAUCACUGAGAAAACACAUUACUGGAAUUAUUGCACCUUAUUUUUUAACUGUGUUUAAUUACCAUGUUUCCCCUAAUAUCAUUUAAUCCCCAUUAAUAUCAUCAAACGCAAGAUAUAUAGGAUAUGUAAGAGGAUCUAAAAUGUGACUAAAUAGGCUAAAAAUUAUGUAUUUGUGUAAUUAGUAUUUUGAGGAACUGUCCGGCUAUCAUACAAUUCAGUUUUAAGAGGAAGCAUACUUGAUAAGGAACAAACCAGUGUUGGCCAGGCAAGCUUAUAGUACUAUCUGACAAUUCAUACUGUACAUUACUAUUCACCACUUUAACAAUAACAUAUCUGUGUAAAGAAAUGUGGUAAAAAUGUAUUUCUGCACAUAUUAACAUUGAACUAUGUUCAUUAUGUUCAUCACCCCUCUGAUUCCUGUAUGCCACUCAGUAUGGUGGGUAUUUAUUAUGAGAUUGUAUAUACUUUCUUCCUGUGAGAUAUUGUUUGUGCUGCAUAUUGUUUGUGUGCUGUGUAGUGGUGAGGGGCAUUGUCUUUUGCAUGAGGUAAAGUUAAACUCUUAAUGAUAUUUAUUACCAGUGCCAGUCACAUAAUUGACCAUACACUAGCUGUAUAGAAAGUAGGGCACAGACAUCUGCGUUCAUGUUGGUUGAGGUUGAUACUCUGCCGAUGCUCAAAUGUUACAUAAAGCUCUUUAAUGAAAAGUGGUUUAGAUACUGACUGACAUUUUUCACGAAUGUGGAUGACAGCCACUCUGUAAAGACUUAUAAUAUAUAAUAGUGGUAUACAGAAGUAAGCUCACUAAAGACAACAGGUGUUACACUGGAGAUGUUGUGAAAAUUGCACAAAGGUUGUUGGUGAUCUGUUUUAUAUUUUUGCGUUAACUGCAUCCAGAUCUUUAGUUGUGCUGAAAUGUGUCCCUCUUGUUUUAUAUUGAAAUUAUCAUUGUAACUAAAUAAAAUAAAGGAAUGAAAUGUU